ACGAGAACAAACACCGGGCCGCCGCGCUUCUCGGGCCGGUCCGUCCGCAGCGGGCCAUGGCCAACGUGUCUAAGAAGGUGUCGUGGUCCGGCCGCGACCUGGACGACGACGAGGCGGCGCCUCUGCUGCGGAGGACGGCGCGGCCCGGGGCGCCGGCCGGCGAGAGCACGCCGCUGUUGAACGGGGCCGGGCCGGCGGCCGCCCGUCAGUCGCCACGUUCAGCAUUUUUCCGGAUCGGACAGAUGAGCAACGUGGAGCUGGACGAUGAGCUGCUCGACCCGGAGAUGGACCCCCCUCACCCUUUCCCCAAGGAGAUCCCGCACAAUGAGAAGCUCUUGUCCCUCAAGUACGAGAGCUUGGACUACGACAACAGUGAGAACCAGCUGUUCCUGGAGGAGGAGAGGCGCAUCAACCACACGGCCUUCCGGACGGUGGAGAUGAAGCGCUGGAUCAUCUGUGCCAUGAUUGGGAUCCUCACGGGCCUUGUGGCCUGCUUCAUUGACAUCGUGGUGGAGAACGUGGCUGGCCUGAAGUACAAGGUCGUCAAGGACAAUAUCGACAAGUUCACGGAGAGAGGCGGGCUCUCCUUCUCCCUCUUGCUGUGGGCCACACUGAACUCUGCGUUCGUGCUCGUGGGCUCUGCGAUCGUCGCCUUUGUGGAGCCGGUCGCCGCUGGCAGCGGGAUUCCCCAGAUCAAGUGCUUCCUCAACGGGGUGAAGAUCCCCCAUGUGGUCCGGCUUAAGACCCUCGUGAUCAAAGUGUCUGGUGUGAUCCUGUCCGUGGUGGGCGGACUGGCGGUGGGAAAGGAGGGGCCGAUGAUUCACUCGGGCUCUGUGAUCGCCGCUGGGAUUUCCCAGGGGAGGUCAACGUCGCUGAAGCGCGAUUUCAAGAUCUUUGAGUACUUCCGCAGGGACACGGAGAAGCGGGACUUUGUGUCGGCGGGAGCUGCGGCCGGCGUGUCUGCCGCAUUCGGAGCCCCCGUGGGUGGGGUCCUGUUCAGCUUGGAGGAGGGUGCCUCCUUCUGGAACCAGUUCCUGACAUGGAGAAUAUUCUUUGCUUCCAUGAUUUCCACUUUCACCCUGAAUUUUGUCCUGAGCAUUUACCAUGGAAACAUAUGGGACCUCUCCAGCCCAGGGCUUAUCAAUUUUGGAAGAUUUGACACAGAGACGAUGGUGUACACGAUCCACGAGAUUCCUAUCUUCAUUGCCAUGGGCGUGGUGGGUGGUAUUCUUGGGGCUGUGUUCAAUGCCUUGAAUUACUGGCUGACGAUGUUUCGAAUCAGGUACAUUCACCGGCCCUGCCUCCAGGUGAUCGAGGCCAUGCUGGUGGCUGCGGUCACAGCCACGGUCGCCUUCGUGCUCAUUUACUCAUCCCGAGAUUGUCAGCCCCUGCAGGGGAGCUCCGUGUCCUACCCCCUCCAGCUCUUCUGUGCAGAUGGCGAGUACAACUCCAUGGCCGCCGCCUUCUUCAACACCCCGGAGAAGAGCGUGGUCAGCCUCUUCCACGACCCCCCAGGCUCCUACAAUCCCAUGACGCUCGGCCUCUUCACUCUGGUCUACUUCUUCCUGGCCUGCUGGACCUACGGGCUGACGGUGUCUGCCGGUGUCUUCAUCCCGUCCCUGCUCAUCGGGGCCGCCUGGGGCCGGCUCUUCGGCAUUUCCCUGUCCUACCUUACAGGGGCCGCAAUCUGGGCGGACCCUGGCAAAUAUGCCCUCAUGGGAGCAGCUGCCCAGCUGGGUGGGAUCGUGAGGAUGACCCUCAGCCUGACAGUCAUCAUGAUGGAGGCCACCAGCAACGUGACGUACGGCUUCCCCAUCAUGCUGGUCCUCAUGACCGCCAAGAUCGUGGGGGACAUCUUCAUUGAGGGCCUGUAUGACAUGCACAUUCAGCUGCAGAGCGUGCCCUUCCUGCACUGGGAGGCCCCCGUCACCUCUCACUCGCUCACUGCCAGGGAGGUGAUGAGCACGCCGGUCACCUGCCUACGGAGGAGGGAGAAGGUGGGCGUCAUCGUAGACAUACUCAGCAACACGGCAUCCAAUCACAACGGGUUCCCUGUAGUGGAGUUUGCUGGUGAUACCCAGCCGGCCCGGCUUCAGGGCUUGAUCCUGCGCUCCCAGCUGAUUGUCCUCCUGAAGCACAAGGUGUUCGUGGAGCGCUCCAGCAUGGGCCUGGUGCGACGGCGGCUGAGGCUGAAGGACUUCCGGGACGCCUACCCACGCUUCCCACCCAUCCAGUCCAUCCACGUGUCGCAGGACGAGCGCGAGUGCACCAUGGACCUGUCGGAGUUCAUGAACCCCUCCCCCUACACGGUGCCCCAGGACGCGUCCCUCCCGCGGGUGUUCAAACUGUUCCGGGCCCUGGGCCUCCGGCAUCUGGUGGUGGUAGACAACUGCAACCAGGUGGUUGGACUGGUGACCAGGAAGGACCUGGCCAGGUACCGGCUCGGGAAGGGGGGCCUGGAGGAGCUCUCCCUGGCCCAGACGUGAGGUCCUGUCCCCUCCCUGGGGCCCCCACCUCGCUCCCUGGGGCAGCAGUGGAUAUAGCAUUUCCCAGUCCUCAGGACG